AUGGACGAUUUGACCAAGCGAAAGCGGCAUAAGCGGCAUAAGCGGCGUCUCGAUGACGACAAGAAGAUGAAGAAAUAUAAAAGGCACGGCGGAAGUGGAAGCAAAAGUCGUCGAAUCCUAAAGCGAAGCUAUCGUGUCAGUGAUAGCGACAGUGACAGCAGUCCUGGCGUUGACUACGGUAGAGCCGUGAAUGUUGUGCGUGAGCUGCUGACUGAGACUCCUGGACUUGCCAAGGAUCUCUUGGAACUGCUACAGAUGAUAGAUAAGGGGAAGGUGGCCGUCAUCAAAGGCAUCAAUGAUCAGCGUUUUCGCUCUAAACUUAAGAAGCUCUUCCCGUUGCUAGGUUUGGUCAAGCUUGAUGAGCCGAAAGGUGCUUAUUCUAAGUCUGAUAAGGUCAGACUUGAAGGACAAGAUAGUCUCGUAAACGUAUUUCAGAGUAUGCUGGCUGGUGAUAGUGUCAGAUAUCAGACGGUAGCAACAGAGGAGAUUCAGACCUCAUGUACGCAAGAUGCUCAAGCUAUCCAAGACAAGUCUGUACAGAAGCUGCGUAAACGGGACUUCCCAAUUGGUCCGUCUCUACCACCAGCAGGACCUGUUGGCUUUCGAUUAGCAGAGGAACACGUUGAGGCGGAAAUGACGUGCAUAGCAGAAAAGUUGGAAAAAGAGCAGUGGAAUCGUGCACUCACUGGCGGCAAGAAUGAGUUAGGCAAUAACAUGCUAAUGCGAGAGGCGUGGAUGACGAUGAUACCCGAGAACUCUAUUUUGAAAGAUUCUUUAGGACCACAAAGUCAUUCUUUCGGAAAAAUCGUCGCAUUCAGAAGUAAAGAGCCUGUUCCAGUGGAUAAGACAUGGCUUAGUUUGCCAUCAGAAAGAGAACGUGCUAAACGUGCUAAGCUUGACAUGGAGUUGCUUGGCUACGUUCGCGAAGAAAAUUCUAAUGCUGCAACCACCAGUGGUGACAUGACAUUGGUCCCGAUGCAGUCAAUACUUCCAAUUGCGAACCCAGAAGCUGACGAAGAAAUGCGUAAGCAAAUGGAGAAUUUUCGAAAAUCGCGUGGGCCCUCACUUUUAGAGCAGCACCAGCGCAAGCAAGCCGAGCGGGGAAAUAGGGGAGUAAACAUUACUCGGAGCACUGGUGGAUGGAACAGAACUCGUGACCUCGUAGCUCGCCAAGGAAUGUCUGGAGAUGAUGCCGAACGCAUGAUUUCAGCUGCAAAACAGAUCAACUCAAAAUUUACGACACCGGAGAUUGCCCGUCAUUUCUUGUAG